AUGUCCUGGGAGACUUCUCUCGCUCCAAGCUAUAUAUAUUAUGGUCGUUCCCCAGGUCCACGUACUUGUUCCGUGACGAGGACGAAGAGAAGUGAUUCUCCGGGUGGAGCGCGAGCGGGGCGGACACGGUGCUGCUGGUGGUCGCGGUGCUGGCGCCGUACGUGCUGUUCGCGCUGGUGUACGCGUGGUGCCUGCUGCCCCGGCCCGCGCCGCGCCGCCAGCGACGCCUCUGACGUCCGCCCCCCGCGGCCGCCCGCGUCUGACUGGCGCUCCCGCUGGCCGCGCUCGCUUAUUUAG